CUUCUUUUGAGUCCACACAAAAUAUCCUAGCUUGAAGUUGAUCUGGCUAUAGAUAUAUCUUAUAUGUGCUUGAUACACAACAUUAAUUGGCAUUAAUUUGCUAAAAGACACUUGAAUUACAGUACGAAAAGCUCUCUUGAAUAUAGAGAUGGCUACUGGUUUUGCAAAGGGAAAGAUGGUGACUGUGUUGAGCAUUGAUGGUGGUGGCAUUAGAGGCAUUAUUCCUGGAACCCUCUUGGGCUUUCUUGAAUCCAAACUUCAGGAAUUCGACGGGCCCAAUGCAAGAAUUGCAGAUUAUUUCGACGUAGUUGCAGGAACAAGUACAGGUGGGCUAGUAACAGCCAUGCUUACAGCUCCAGACAAAGACAAACGGCCCAUGUAUGCUGCAAAGGACAUCAUCAACUUCUAUUUGGAGAACUGUCCCAAAAUUUUUCCCCAGAGCAGGCAGAAAAAUUUUGUGAGUUCAGUGACAAGCUUGUUUGGUGCGGUGGUGGGGCCCAAGUAUGAUGGGAAGUACCUGCGGUCAUUGACAAACGGGCUACUUGGCAACCUAACUGUGAAACAGACUCUAACAGAUGUGAUCAUUCCAACCUUUGAUAUCAAACUCCUUCAGCCAGUGAUCUUUUCGACCAAUGAUGCAAAGCUAAAUGAAUUGAAGAACGCUAGGCUAGCAGAUAUUUGCAUCGGCACCUCUGCAGCACCCACUUUUCUUCCAGCACACUAUUUCGAGACAAAAAAUGCAGAGGAAAAAACUCGCAGUUUUGAUCUCAUUGAUGGCGGGGUUGCUGCAAAUAAUCCUACGAUGAUGGCCAUAACCCAAAUUAGGAAAGAAAUAUUGAUGCAAAGCUUUGAGUUACCUGACAUAAAACCAAUGGAUUACAGCAAGAGAAUGCUAGUUCUAUCAUUGGGCACAGGUGAGGCCAAGCAUGAAGAGAAGUACACAGCAGCCAAAGCCUCAAAAUGGGGAUUGCUUAGUUGGGUUUAUGACAAUGGUGCAACUCCAUUGCUCGACGUUUAUGCAGACGCAAGUUCUGAUAUGGUCGACAUUCAUGUGUCCACACUCUUCCAAGCCAUUGGUUGCAAGAAAAACUACCUCCGUAUUCAGGAUGAUACAUUAACUGGAGAUGCCUCCUUUGUUGAUAUUGCUACCACGGAGAAUCUGCAAAGGCUUGUGGAGAUUGGAAAUGAGCUAUUGAAGAAGCCAGUGUCAAGAGUGAAUUUGGAAACUGGCAGGUUUGAGAAAAUUGAGGGCGAGGGUACUAAUGAAGAAGCUCUUACCUACUUCGCCAAACUGCUUGCCGAGGAAAGGAAGCUUCGGCAAGACAAAUGAGAGUUCUUGAGGAAUAUUAUUUUUGUAUGAUAAUUUAUUUAAACACUAAGUUUUCAAAAAAUGAACUUGUAUUGGUUGAAAUAAUACCUUCCAUCAAAGGAAAAAGUUUUGUAAUGAUUUAACAUUUUAAUAUUUUAUACAGCAAAGUUUCAAUA